CCAUCACAGGAUGACAUCGCCUAUUUUGAUCCUGAGUCUAGGUCUGCUCCAUUGGAGCAUUUCCCUCGCCUGGUCACAGGAUAUGCCCUCUGAUGUGAUGGAGGCCGUCGGUCAAGUGCAGGACAUCAUCGGAGGCUAUUUGAAAGGCCCACAAAGCUCGGAGUAUGGUGACGAGCAAUUCAAUGGAACGCCCUUUAUAGCCGAACAAGCAUCGAACAUCCACAACUUGGGCGGAUAAUUCCAAUUCCAAUUCAAAGUACUACUUAAUAGCUACGCCAUGUGGCUAAACAUUAAAUUAAAUUGAAGAGUGUGUCCGCAACUUUUC